CUAAACAGUUCUUAAUGGAAACAUAAAUCUACCGCUCCAGAUCAUUCACUAAAUUUCAGUUUAAGAAAUCUCAAGACAAUUUUACAAUUUUAAAAUGCAGGGAAAUUAAAAAAAAAUAUUUAUAAAUCCAAAUCUUUAAAGCUCAAACGGACCAAAAUCUUCAUUCAACUUCAUUCAUACCUUCCGCGUGUCUCUACACCAAUACCGAGGCGACUGUUUUGUCCACGUGAUCUUUAAUUUUGAAAACCAUGUGAAAAUCAGCCCGCUGACACCGAAAAACACAAACACGUGAAUCGCAACCUGAAAACUCAUAAGAAUGCCAAAAAUAUUUAACAUCUUCAAAUCGGUGGAGCAAAAUUAUGGGCAGAGUACAGAAUUAAUCGAAAACCUCUUAUCAGACAAUUCUGAUCUUCCCCUGAGCUCCGAAGAAGCCCUCAUCCUACAGAGCUCAAUAAUAACGGUCAUCAACACUCGCUUGAAUCACUCGGCAACCCGCUCAGAGGGAUUAAAAAUUCUCCUGAGGGUUCUUCCACGAUGUUCGAGAGAGCAAUUAGCAAAAUUCUCCUUCCUGUGGAUGGGAAAAGCCACAAAACUACUCGAAAAUGCUCAGAGUCCUCCCAAAGACGUAGAUCUAUCCUGCAAAAUCCUCUCGAAGCUAGUAAUCUCCUGUAAAGAGAUUCCAGAACUCCAUAAGCAGAUUUCUAUGCAGAGCGUAAAAAAUCUGGUGGGAUUAAUCGUGAAUAUGAAUGAUGAGAAAAGAACAGGUGGUAUAUUUUUUGUAAUAGCAACACUUCUUUUUCACUAUCGCGAGUCCUGCGAGCGUCAUCAGUCCUCGAUCCGCAGUCUCUUGAUUUCCCAGAUCGAUAAUAAGUCCAGAUAUCUGGUUCAAGCUGCUGCUAAUUGUUUUGCACUUCUAUCAAAAGCCAUAGAACGAUCCUUCAAGCCGCCAGUAAAAUUUGCUCAUUACACGAGUGGUGUUUAUUACCAAAUUCUGAUUUGCAACGAUCUCCACUUGAUAAUGGAUGAUUUAUUCACUGGAAUCCUCGAGCUCGAUACUGUGGAGAUUGGGGAAUCCCUCAAUCUGUCCUGCAUCCCUCAAGAGGACGUGAUAGAGUAUUACAACAAGGUGGAACGAAGAUUUCAGAAUUUGUGUGUUUAUUUGGCUACUAUUCUUCGUGGCUGUUCUGGAAAAAAUUCAGUCUCCUGCAGCACAAUAAUAAAACUUGUCUGCCGAGGACUGGCUGUAACUCCAGAAAAUCUCCAGAGGGAGGACUCGUACAAGAAUCAGAUUCUGUAUGUGAUUCUCCCGAUGAUCCACAUGGGUUUAUUGAACGUAUUGAAUGCCUUUAUCUGCGGUUUUCACAGGGAACUCGUGCCUUUCGCAGUAACGAUUCUCCAGUUGUACCGACAGACCUUGAAGUGGACUAGAAAAAUUGAGGAGGUGACCAUCAGUGGCUGCAGGCCCUUCACGAAUAUUAGGAUCAAUACAUACAGAAGUUUAUCCCUGUGGCUUAAUUGCCUCGGGACUCUUUCAGGUGUUGACAUGAUUGCAAGUGAUAUUUUGGCUGAUAUCCUUGAAGAUGUGACACCUGAGAAGGACCAGGUGCUCCUGACGAUCCAGAAUACUCAGAAUAUGUCGAAAAAGGCUUUCAAGAAAUUGAAGAACAGUCAAUACGAGUACAGUACAGCUCUAGGCGCAGAAGACUGUGAACAGAAGAUUGAGAGGAAUCCCGUGGUUAAUGCUGGUCUCUGUAGAGAGGCUCUCACUGUUGUGCAGAAUAUUUUAUACAAUUCAGGUGUUGUGCUGGGAUCCGUGGUGCACCGGGUUCUGCAGAAACUAGUCGUGAAUCUCCUCAUGAAUUUUUAUCUCGGAAGAGAUGAUCAGAGCCUUUACUCGAAGGAUUAUAAAUGUAGAUUGAAUUUAUUGAAAACUCUCAGGGCUAUUCAGAUGAAUCCUAAUCCCUUGACUGCACCGCCCACUCAGUACUCAGUAGAGAUUUUUCAAAUGGCGAUUAAUGAUGAGGAUAACGAAAUCGUGGCUGAAGCCAAAGUUGCUCUUGCUGAAGUAGAGAAGAUCGUGCACCCUAGUGCAGCCACUCUGGAUUCUUGUAUAGGACAGAGUCAGGACAAAAAUGCUGAAAAUUCCGAAUGCUUCGUUAGGGAGAAAAAUGGUGACGCUGUUGGCAGGAAACCAAAUAUUGUGACGAAGAUCGAUGGUUUCAAGGAUUGGAUCAAGGCUCUGAAUGAUUCUUCUGGGAAAGCAGAGGAAAAUAAUUUUGAGGGAAAAGAGAUCAAUGGAAUGGAGAGAGGCUUGAGGGAUGAGAGGCCUGAAUGGAAUGAAGCAGAAAUGAUUAAGGGGCUGGGGGAUGAUGAUGUGGAGGUUAUUGAGCAGGCAAAGGAGCCUCCCAGGAAGCAGAGAAAAAUCCAGAUAAUCGAGGACAUCUGCCUUCCACCACCCAAUUACGUACCACUUAAGACUCCCUCGAUCGAGGAAAUUCCCCAGGAAUUGCCUGAGAAAUGUGCUCAGAAUAGCUAUGAUAGUGCUAGAGGCCAGACUGCUUAUUUCACUAUUAAAGAAGCUCAGAGGGUUUCUGCCAACAGCUCCAUGAGCUCUGAUCAACCUGUUGAGAUCAUCAAGGAGAUCAGUGUUUUCAAGGAAAUCAGUAUUCUCGAAGAUGAGUUCAAGGAUCCGAGGAGGGAUGACGGAUCUGAUGAUGAUGAGGUCAUUCUUAGUAUGUUCUGCGAUCAAAUAAAAGAAUAGUUACAGUUUCUGCAGGUGAAUGAAUUUUUUUUAUGUAAUUUGUAAUUUUCUAAUCGUUACCAUUUUCUCUCGCAUUUCGUUGCAAGAAAAAGAAAAUGGCAUUUUACGGAUCCAAUUCCUUUAGGGAAUUCUAAUUCAUGUUUAUUUUGUAUUUUUUACGAUAGAAAAAAAAUGAAAUGAUGAUAAAAA